AUGGAAUAUUUCUAUCCGAUCUUCGAUUUCCAGCGUCCGAAGGCGGCUACGAAGCUAAAAAUGAGUUCUACACCCCCCGAAAUCGUUCCCCAGCAACCUUUGGAUGCGUUGCUACUCAACAAAACUGAUACCGAACAGGAAAUGUUCCUAACAAAAUACCCGACGUAUGAUGGACGAGACAUCCUGAUUGCUAUUUUGGAUACUGGCGUCGAUCCGUCGCUUCCUGGAAUGCAAGUAACAACGACUGGAGAAAGAAAAAUGUUCGAUAAAAACGGGCUUGCUCCAGGAGCCAAGAUUCUUUCAUUGAACAUUGGCGCCCAUCGUCUGGCGGCUAUGGAAACUGGGCAAGCGAUGACAAGAGCGUUCAACAUGUGCGCUGAACUCAAUGUCGAUGUGAUAAACAUGUCGUUUGGAGAAGGAACACAUUUGCCAGAUGUUGGGUAG